AUGGCUGCCUCUAACCCCCUUGCAGUGUUGGUAUAUCUGACCUUUAUUAGUGUGAUAACUUGCAAAUCUCAGGCUCACAGGAAUCCUGCUUGUUACCUGACGAUCACUGGCACGUAUGAGGACUAUGAGUAUAUACAAGAAGGAGAUACAAUGAUUGGCGGGGUGCUAACUGUCAACUCAUUUAUGGUUCCCCGGGCCAGUUACAAACCAAUGGUGUGUGCCUGGCCCCUCCCUGAGUAUUACAGACAGUUAUUGGAUUUUCGCUUUGUCAUUGAGCAAACUAACAAGGAUCCGGCCUGGUUACCCAACCUGACCCUGGGGUACCAUAUAUACGACUCCUGUGGGGACCCCCGGAAGGCAGUGAGGAGCGUAUUACAGAUAUUAUCUGGUACCCAAGAGCCGGUUCCCAAUUACUCCUGUGUGGGAAAGAGAAACAUUGCUGGGUUUAUUGGGGAUCUCACCUCAGAGACAACUGUACCCAUAGCCCAAAUAUUAAGCCUGCUUGGAUAUUCUCAGAUCAGUUACGGAGCGACAGACACAUUGCUCAGUGACAAAAUCUCAUUCCCGUACUUUUUCCGGACGUUACAAAGUGAUCACGGCCAUUAUUUCUCAUUAAGCAAAUUACUCAAAGCCUUUGGUGGGAACUGGGUUGGAAUCAUCACAUCCGAUGAUAUCAGUGGAGAGAAAGAACUGCAGAUACUGACAAACUAUUUAUCCAUAGAUGGGAUUUGUGUUGAGUUCACCAUCAAGAUAAGUGAGACUAUGGGUGGGGUUAAAGAUUACGCCCGUAAGGAUAGGCCCUAUAAAGAGAUCCUUCAGAAAUCCUCAACCAAUGUCGUUGUUCUUUGUGGGAAAGUUUCCAUUGGUUUCAUAGGGAAAUUAGACAUUUAUACAGAUGCCUUCAUAGAGAAGACAUUAAUUGUCUCUUCAACGCUGACGGCUAAAAGUCACAUUAUGGCUUAUACCCUGGAAAUAUUCCAAAACAUUGUGGGGUUCGUGCAACGUUCCCCGUAUUCUGCAGAGAGCCCAGAUAUAAAGCCCUUCAUAGAGAGUAUCCACCCUUCCCGGUAUCCGCAGGACACGUUGCUGGAGGACAUCUGGAUGAAAUAUCAUUCGUGUUUGUCAAAACAACAACAUAGAAAUGAUGUGUAUGAAAGCUUGUACAUGUCUAAACUCCACAACUGCACCGGGCAGGAACGCAUUACGGAUAUCCGCCAUUUUGACAGUAAAUUAUACUCUCCCAGUGUGGCCCUGGCAGUCGAUAUGAUGUCACACGCAAUUCAUGAAAUGCAGAUUUCCCUUGCUGAGCGACCUCCUGAGAAUCAGAUCUAUAGGUACCAGUUACACCACUACCUGAAACGGCUUCUGUACAAGACCUCCACGGGCACCACCGCCUCCUUUGAAGAAAAUGGAGAGCUGAUCACUCAGUACAUGAUUUGUAACUGCGUCUUGGAACCUGAUGAACAACUGAGCAUAAACUCUCUAGGGGUGUUCAAACCACUGGACCCAUCGAAUGACAGACUAACGAUCAACUCAUAUCAAAUAAUAUGGAUGAGCAACAAGAGCAAGUUCCCAAGUGCUAAAUGUUCUGAGAGUUGUCUCCCCGGGUUCAGGAAGGUUCCAAGGAUCGGGGCCCAGUCCUGCUGCUAUGACUGCGCCGAGUGCUCUAAGGGAGAGGUUUCCGGUGUAAUCGACAGUGUAAACUGCUUAAGAUGCCCAGACAUGGAAUGGCCCAAUGUGAAGAAGGAUCAGUGUAUUCCUAAAACUGAAGAAUUUCUCCCAUACAGUCAUGAUGGAAUUUCUGUGUUUUUUUCAGCUGUCUCACUUCUUUUUGCUCUUAUAACUCUGCUCAUAUUGAGAGUUUUCAUUGUGUACCAGGACAGCCCCAUAGUAAGAGCCAACAACCGGAGCCUGAGCUUCCUCCUCCUUGUCUCCAUCAAGCUGAGCUUCCUCAGUGUGUUUCUGUUCCUCGGUCGCCCUGUGGAUAUAACCUGCAUGCUGCGCAUCAUCACUUUUGGAAUCACCUUCUCCAUAGCUGUCUCUUCUCUCCUGGCCAAGACUAUCAUGGUUUGUGUUGCUUUCAAAGCCACCAAGCCAGGGAGCUCAUGGAGAAAAUGGCUGGGAGUCAAACUGUCCAAUUCUGUAGUCUUGUUCUGCUCAUCCAUUCAAAUAAUCAUCUGCAUGACUUGGUUGGCCAUUUCUCCUCCCUUUCAGGAACUGGACAUUCACACUUCCCCUGGAACCAUCAUCAUUCAGUGCAAUGAGGGCUCAGCUAUUGGCUUUUACUCAGUUAUUGGGUAUAUGGGGCUUCUGGCAGCUGUUAGUUUUGUUUUAGCAUUUUUAGCUCGGAGCUUACCGGACAGUUUUAAUGAGGCCAAGUACAUCACUUUCAGCAUGCUGCUCUUCUGCAGUGUUUGGAUCACAAUGAUCCCGGCCUAUCUGAGCACCAAAGGCAAAAACACUGUGUGUGUGGAGAUAUUUGCCAUACUCACCUCAAGCGCCGGCCUUUUAGCCUCUAUAUUUCUGCCCAAAUGUUACACUAUUUUAAUUAGACCUGAAACGAACAAAAAAACACAUUUUCAUGGAAAUAAAAGUUUAUAA